CUUCUGAUAAGCUAAGAAGUUUCUUAAAACACUGCUCAGCUGUGAAGUUCUUACACAUCAAUCUCAAAAUAAUUUUAUAGGGUCGUUAUUUUACAUGGUUUUUUUCUACAAGCCCCACCCUUACAAGUGUGCAGAACUGAUGAGAUCAAGGCUGAACAUCUCCUGGCUGUGAAACCGUGGAGAUGUUCAUCCACAACGAGGGUGGGAUGUUCUUCUCAGUGUGUCAUCUCCAGGCACCUGGCACAACAAAACCAAAUCAUCAGGACAAGUAGAGUCUGCUCUCCAGCUCUGGACACCAGUAUGGGGCACUCUUUCCUCUGCCUGUUUUCAAACACCUUCUUGUGUUACAUCCUAAUGAAGUCGGCUCUCUGCAGUGAGUGGAGCCAUCAUGCCCACGCUGAAGAUAAACUGUUCAAGAAGCUUUUUAUCGGCUAUAACAAGUGGUCCAGACCAGUGCCCAAUAUCUCGGAUGUGGUUAUUGUCAAGUUCGGCCUCUCCAUCGCUCAGCUGAUUGAUGUGGAUGAGAAGAAUCAGAUGAUGACGACCAACGUCUGGCUGAAGCAGGAGUGGAAUGACUAUAAACUGAGAUGGAACCCAUCUGAUUAUGAGAAUGUAACCUCCAUACGCGUGCCCUCAGAACUGAUCUGGGUGCCGGACAUUGUCCUGUACAACAAUGCAGAUGGAGAGUUUGCUGUGACCCACAUGACAAAAGCUCACCUGUUCCACACGGGAAUGGUGCGCUGGGUCCCCCCGGCCAUCUACAAGAGUUCCUGCAGCAUCGAUGUUACCUUCUUCCCCUUCGACCAGCAGAACUGCAAGAUGAAGUUUGGCUCCUGGACCUACGACAGGGCCAAGAUCGACCUGGAACGCAUCGAGAACACAGUGGACCUGAAGGACUACUGGGAGAGCGGGGAGUGGGCCAUCGUCAACGCAGUGGGCACCUACAACACCAAGAAGUACGACUGCUGCCACGAGAUCUACCCAGACAUCACCUACUUCUUCAUCAUCCGGCGACUGCCGCUCUUCUACACCAUCAACCUCAUCAUCCCCUGCCUGCUCAUCUCCUGCCUGACCGUGCUGGUCUUCUACCUGCCCUCUGACUGUGGGGAGAAGAUCACCCUCUGCAUCUCAGUGCUCCUCUCCCUCACAGUCUUCCUGCUGCUCAUCACUGAGAUCAUCCCGUCCACCUCGCUGGUCAUCCCUCUCAUAGGAGAGUACCUCCUGUUCACCAUGAUCUUCGUCACCCUUUCCAUUGUCAUCACCGUGUUUGUGCUCAACGUGCACCACCGCUCUCCACGGACGCACACCAUGUCCCGCUGGGUGCGUUCCAUCUUCCUGUGCUCUGUUCCGCGUUGGCUCUUCAUGAAGAGACCCACCGCGGGCGGCAGGCGCCGACCGCCGCUCCUUCGGCGGACUCCCUGCGGCCGCAGCAGGGUGCCGCUGUUGAGCGCUUCUGGGAGCUGGUUGCAGGAGACCAAUGUGGACGAGGAGCCAGAGACAGGGGGACAACAGUCUGUCACCUUCUCCCCGCCUUCACCAAGACAGCUGGACUCCGGUCCUCCGUACCAGCAACCCAACAGGCACCAUCUGCAGCUGGGAGGUGGGACUAACUUGUGCCAGCACCAGGUCCAAACCAACAACCUGGUGUCAGAUUCCAGCCUCCCCUUGACCCCCAGCAUCCUGCGCGCGCUGGAGGGGGUGCACUACAUCGCAGACCAUCUCAGAGCAGAAGACGCUGACUUCUCUGUGAAAGAGGACUGGAAGUAUGUUGCCAUGGUGAUUGACCGCAUCUUCCUGUGGAUGUUCAUUCUGGUUUGUUUGCUGGGCACCAUUGGGCUCUUCCUGCCCCCCUGGCUGGCUGGCAUGAUUUAGAGUUGGGCCCCUGGCCACCGGAUGCCGACGGGCCGCAGGCGAGCGAACAUAUGGAGGUACUGAGGUUUCACAGCCAAACGCAGAGAUGCUGAGAGAGGCGUGCAGGACAGUGCCAUCCACAGAACCACACACAAAAGUUCAGUAGGAACUAUUCUACAAUCAAAUUGUAACUGUGAAAUAACGAUGGGCAUAA